AUGAGCAUGCGCGAGGCGCUGCCCAUGAUCAAGGGCGUCCGUCUGGCGGAUGUCGACUGUGACAAGGCGCCGCAGACGGCCGAGGAGUACUUGACGCAGACUGACUGGAACGGAUGGGAGGCCCUUCUCUUCAAAAAGCCCAUUGCCGAGAUCACCGAGGAGCAGCUCGCCAAAUUCCCGGAUCACAAGGGAACACCGCCAUUGCCUGGCGUCGUCUUCUCCUGGGACCGCGUUCAGGUGGAGAACAUUUUCCAAGUUGUCGUACGGACGCUGGUGAGGAUGCAGAAGAAGGCGCAGAAGGCCACGCUGCCGCUCGAGGAGCGAUCGGAUGAGGAGGAGGAAGUGGAAGAGGCUGGUCAACAGGGCCCUGCCCGCGUCGAAGCCGCCAGCCCGGAAACCGAUGAGGGAUUUACCGAAGAUUUGAAGACGGACGAUUCGAAGGCUGAUGAGGCAGACGUUGAGGGCAAGGUGGAGACCGCCGAAUCGAAGCAAGACGAGCCGGAAGAAGCCAAAUCGAAGGACAACGAAAUGGAAGUGCCCGAGUCGGAGCACGUUAUGUGCGCGUCUCCCAGCGGCAGCGAGGAGCACCAGCCUUCCGUGCCGAAAAAGGUGAAGCUCGACUACCACAGCAACGGCAGCCUCACCCAAUUCUUGUCGGCGAUCACGAAAAAGACGUCGAAAGCUGAUGAAGAGGCGGCCAAACGGUACACGCUGUGCUUCGACGAGGAGCAUCAGCACUGGUGCUACGCCGUUUUGCUAGUGCUGGAGCACAAUCGACUUCACGACGUGACGGCGGCGCUUCGGGACUUCAUCCGCUUCCUGCGGCUCGAGCGCUCCUACCUGAAGUAUUUGGUGGCCGACGAGGAGCGACGGAAGACGCUGCACGACAAGUACUCGCUGUUCAUCGUCAUCGCCGCCGAGUUCUUCGGGCAGUCCGACCUCGCCGAUGGA